GUUUGUUCGAAUGACUGGAGGGUGGAUCACAGUGAUGAACAGAAAAUGGCGGCGGUAUUUAACUGGUUUCUGGUACUGAGCUCUGUGUUUCUGUGCAAUCUGGUCAAAUCAUUCUUGCCGACUAUUUCUUCAUUUCUGUCAAAGAUUUUUCAGAAAGAUGCUGAUCAAGAGAUGGAGAUGCGGACGGAGAUCCAGAACAUGAGGAUGGAGCUGUCCACCAUCAGCAUGAUGGAUGAGUUCGCCAGAUAUGCUAGGCUGGAGCGCAAAAUCAACAAGAUGACUGAUCAACUUAAGACGCUAGUCAAAUCAAGAACCGCACAGCAAUCAAAAAUGAAAUGGACAGUGAAAAUUGUAUUUUACAUUCUUCAGGCGGCUCUCAUGAUCUCUAUCAUAUUGAAGUAUUAUGCUGAGCCGGUCACAGUGGUGCCCAGUAAGUGGAUUGCUCCAUUGGAGAAACUAGUUGCCUUUCCAUCUGGAGUUGCAGGUGGUGUUGGGAUCACAUGCUGGCUAGUUGUCUGCAACAAGGUGGUUGCCAUUGGUUUACAUGCUGUCAGUUGAACUCAUUAUCAGUAUUAUGUGCUGUAACUGUUUUCCUUUCAAAUGUUUUCCAAAUUACUUGCUUAAAACCACGUUCUGUGAUGUGUACUAUUCCUUUGACCAUCAUGAAUUGUCCUUUAACAUGCCGUUUGACAACUGUGUUCAAGUGCUGGUAAUUACAGGUGUGUGCUAAAAUACUUACAACAAAAAUAUACAAACUGACAUUUCAAAUGUGAUCAUGCUUGUUUUAUUCAAAUUUUUGCAUGUUUUCAAAAUUGAUAAAAAUUAGUCAGCCUCUCUCAAAAUGGUCAUCAUUACAUUUUUUAUGUGCAGGUUAAAAGUACACAUUUAGUUAGAAAAUGCAGACAUGUAAACAUUCCCAUGCAAAUAGCAAAACACUGGUGUUAUAAGCUUAAUUAUCACAUUUUUAGUUUACAAUUUUUGUAUUUAUUUUUCUCUACUUAUUGUACCAUAAUUGUAACUUUGAUUUUAAUGGCAAAGCAUUACACAUUUAUUGAUGAUUGUUUUAUGUACAUUCAUAACGGCAUACCAGUAUAAAUGUCCAAAAUGAAAAGGUGUCUACUGAGUUUGUUUACAAAACCACUUUAUUGUUUGAUUCUUCAUUCAAUAAGUUAUAAUUGCAAUGUCCCUAAAUUUAAUCAGGGAGGUGGUUGCAUAAAAAUGUACUCUUGUAAUACAUUGUCAUUUCUCACUAUCGUGGUAGUUUUAGUGAACCCUAAUCAGGACCUAAUCAGCCAACUCACCAUUUGUGUUUGGUUUUUCAGGUAAUUUCUUAGUAAGAAUAUUUGUAAAGUUGUGAGAUACAUCUACAAAUCAACCGAUCAGCCACAACAUUAAAACCACCUGCCUAAUAUUGUGUAGGUCCCCCUCGUGCCACCAAAACAGAAUAGCAUUCUGAGAUGAUAUGCUUCUCACCUCAAUUGUACAGAGUAGUUUCUGAGUUACUGUAGACUUUGUCAGUUUGUACCAGUGUAGCCAUUCUCAGUUGACCUUUCAUCAACAAGACAUUUCCGUCCACAGAACUUUUACUCACUGGAUGUUUUUGGCACCAUUCAGAGUAAAUUCUAGCCCUACUUUGCUGAAAACCCGGUUGUAUGUAAUGCACUAGAUGUCUUCUGCCUCCUGGUGAAAGUUUCCAUUCUCUUCUGGAAGUAGAAGUAUAGAAGAAAUAAUUUCCAAAAUGGCUAGCUUCAUAUUGUGGAGCAUCUUACAACAGAUUAAAUGGCUUGUGCAUAACUUUUGCCUGCUGAAGUUUGAAAUCACAAACAUUCAAAAACAGACUUUUAGCUUAUUUGAACAUUCUGUAAAUGUAAUGUAGUCUAGGGGAGUUUGGCUUAAAUGAUGACUUCACAGGGCCUUUUUGAUAGGAAAAUAAUAAGCUGUAAGGUCGUUCUAAAAGGAAUUUACAAUAAAAUUACCACUAUUUUUGAGCCCAAUACCUUUCAGCCCUUUGAAGCACUCACAAUGGAAGGUAAAAUAGUGUUUAGGGAUGAUCACUUCUAAAUGGAACACACCAUAAUUCAGGUGAGUUAGAAAAGGUAUGACAUCUGGCACGAGCCAGAACUGCCUAAACUCUUUGCCAUGUAUCACCAACCCCAUGCAUUAUUCAAUA